AUGACACCAACGUCUCCACUACUCACCAUCGAGGCGUGUAAGGUACGAAGAAAAACGAUUAAGGCUCAACUUACCAGAUCCAAGAAUUUCGUGGAAUCGGCGGAAAAUUCGCAGUCCUUUGACCGCUUAGAAGUCCGCAUGGAGGGGAUGGAGAAAUAUUUUAAAGAAUUCCACGAAGUACAAACCAUGUUAGAAUUACAACAACCGGAAGAAGAUCACGAAUCGUUCCGAAUGGAAAUCGAAAACAAUUAUUAUGACGCGACGGCUCGCGCGAGAGCACUCAUACGUGCAUGCAACCCACCAACUACACAGCGGUCUACAGAAAGUCGCGAGAGUCCAAACCCUUUUAGUUUUCGGGGUCAGGAACAUAGACAUAAAAGGCUUCCUCAACUCAACCCACCGACAUUUGACGGGCAGUUAGAAUCGUGGGCGACUUUCAAAACGCGAUUCAUGUCCAUGAUUAAUCGAAACGAUGAUUUAUCAGACUCGGAAAAGCUAGAGUACCUACAGUCGGCUUUAACGGGCAAGGCAGCCAAGGUAAUUAACUCCUUAGAGGCUACGGAAGCCAACUAUCGUGAUGCAUGGGAUUUAUUAAUUUCAAAAUAUGACAAUACUCGGAAAACAAUUUUGCGACAUUGGAAUAUAUUAGAGAAUCUCGAGCCUCUGAAAAAUGAAAAUGCGGAUGCAAUAGAAGACCUCGUAGACACCAUUCAACAGCAUCUUCGAUCCCUCAAGGGACUCAACCAAGAAGUCGACAAAUGGGAUUGUGUGAUACUCUCUCUCAUCAUGAGAAAAAUUAGUAAACCCUUAACGCGGCAAUGGGAGUUAACGUUGGAGGACAAUAAACUUCCGUCGUAUCAAUCAUUGAUACAAUUUCUAAUUAAGCACGCGAAUUGUUCCGAACCAAAACCAACCCAAACAACGCCGGGCAGGCAAGGGCAAAAAACAUUACUCGCGGGUGGCAAGUUGUCAACCGCAGGCAGCAAGAGUACGCAUCAGACCUUUUCCACCACCACCAACGAGGCAUGGAAAUGUUCGAUGUGUCAAGAGAAGCAUGCAAUAUAUCAGUGCACGAAAUUCCUAGAUCUUUCGAUUGAAGAUCGCAUCAAGGCAGCGUCGCGCGAAUCAUUGUGCCUCAAUUGUUUGCGAGGAACACAUAAAACAAGGUCAUGUACCUCCAAGGGGCGGUGUCGUGAAUGCCAUAAGCAACAUUAUACGACGGUUCAUCGCGUAAUCGUUGACACACCGACCACGGAAGAAGCAUGA